AUGGAGGAGCUUGUGCAAUGUUGCCAGAAGCUUGAAGAUCGGCAGCGCCGUCUGCAACAGGUAGCGCCGCAGUGCGGAGUACCACUCCUGAGCGAAGCAGAUGGACCCGGGAAUCCAGAAGCCUCCGUCACCUCGCGGAAAGGUGCGAACAGCAGUCGGAGAGCCGUGAGCAGCGAGACGUUGGACCGAAGCGGCAGCGGUGGGCCUUUCGGCGACAUGCUUGGGCAACAGAGGCAGUCGCAGCGACUGCAGCGAUCGCCUUACAGCGCAGAAACCCUCGGGGCCAGGUCAGCGCGCUCUUCGGCAACGGGCACUCCAGGAGCCUGGCGGCCGACCUUCGCCUCUCCGUCUGCUUCCACGCUCGGCGCAGGGCUGCGGGAGGUGGACAGAUAUACCAUGCACAGCGAUGAUGGGCAGCCGGAACAGGAACAGAAAGGCGAUUUCGACGACUACGACGACCGUGACUACGUUCACGACCACGCCUUAGCAGCCGUCCAAGCAAGCACCCGCGCAGCAUGCUGGCAGCAGUCGCUGGCAGCCUUGCGCCAGACUUCUUCACCGCCAGUCGUCCUCUUCAAUGCUUGCGCAGCCAGCUGCUCCAAAGGAAGGCAAUGGGGGGCAGCCAUCCUUCUGGCCGAAGAGAUACACUGUCUAGGCUUAGAAGCAACUGUUGUUACUUGCAACACUCGCAUCAAAGCAGCCGGCUCUGGGGAGAUGAAUUGGGCCAGCACUCUGGAUUUUCUCCGAGCUGCUCAGAAGCAGUCCCUGAGAAGCGAUGCCGUCACCUGGAACUCAGCUGCAGAUGCCUGCACUGGGCAAGGCGCCCCUGGUGUGUGGCCCCAGGCUUUGCAACUCCUAGAAGGACUGAGCUGGAGGGGCUUGGAGACCGACGGAGUCACUGCGACGCUUCGCAUAAAGAGUGCGUCGUGGCCAGCGGCGAUGCUGCAGCUCUCUCACCCGGCUGAGAGCUUCUCUGGAAAGGCGGCGAAAGUAGGCGUCAGCGCAGGGCUAUCGUCGCUGGCAUUGGGCACGGCUUGGAGCUACGGCGUGUCACUACUGCACACGAUGCGCAAUCGCGCCGUGGAGUUGGACCAAAUGGCCCUCACCGCAGCCAUUGCUCUUUACUCCGGUGAAGAGGCAUCGGAUGCUUGGAUGGGUGCUCUGAGGCUGUUGGGGAAUAUUCAUGCACCUGGCCUCGACCAAGGGACUUCAAGAAAAGCUGCUCGAGUGGAUAAGGUGGCUAUCAGUUCGGCCAUGACGGUCUGCACCAACCAUCAGCUCUGGGAGCGUGCUCUCUCGCUCUUUGAGGCCCUUCUGGAGGCUCGCCGCGCAGAUGUCGUCAGUUUCGGAAGUGCCAUUUCUGCGGCAGCCUCGGGCCGGCUGUGGGAGUUGGCUCUACACCUCCACGAGGAGAUGCCCAAAAUGCAGCUGGCACCAAACCAGGUCACCUUUAAUGCCGUCAUCGAUGCUUGCGAGCAGGGCCUGCAGUGGGAAGUGGCAGUGUCCAUGAUGCCAAGCAUGAAGCUGCUUCGGAUAACGCCGGACGUUGUAAGCUACACCUCGACGAUUUCUGCAUGUGGCCAGGCACAGCGCUGGCUAGAUGCGAUUCACCUGCUGGGCGAGGCCCUGCAUCUGCGUCUGCGGACCAACAUCAUGUCCCUGAGCUCGGCGAUCA